AUGUUGAUGAUUGAAGGUCCCAAGUUCUCAAGCUUCGACUUCUCGUCCUCCUCACAAGGCGGAGAACCAUUUGAAAUCAAUGGUCACCGGAUAAUCCUGCCGCCAAAAGAAGCAGAAGGAGACCCGACCAAAGACAUCAAAGAAGGAGACCAGCCAGAUUCACAGGACGCAAAGGAAGUGCCACCACCAACACCACUAUCCCAUACCGCCAGCACCGCAAAGUCCGUCUGGGAUUGCAGUAUUGUGCUGGCCAAGUACCUGGAAUCGCUGGCCAACAAAACACAAGGAUUCUGGACCGACAAACGAGUCCUUGAACUUGGCGCGGGGCAAGGAAUUGUCUCCCUAAGCGCAGCGGCUCUGGGCGCCGAACGCGUCAUCAUGACAGACAUCGAUUCAGCAGUGCCCGCUCUCCAACGCGGAGUCCGCUUGAACGUAUUCCAAACUCCACAGGUUCAAGUCACAGCCCUCGACUGGACCAAUCGCUCACAAGCCUUACAACAUAUCUGGAACGACCUCCUUGCCACGUCGACGACGCCACCUUCUACAACGGCAGUAACGACGAAGCCGCGGCUGGACUAUAUAUUGGCAUCGGAUGUGAUCUGGGUCGACUAUCUCGUCCCGGCACUAGUUGAGACGAUCGCUGACUUAAUGCACAUCUCCAAAGAACGACGGGACAGUGGAACACACCAUCAUCUCCAGUCGUCUUCUUCUCAGGACGAACAGACCACAACGCCGCGUCCACAGCCGCCGGUGCUACUGCUUGCGUACCAGUUCAGAUCGACAAGAAGUGACCAGCUUUUGUUCGACUCGUUGGACCAACUCGGGCUCCAGAGGAAGAAAGUUACUCUGGAUGGGGAGAACGCUGCCGACCAGGAUUCUGUCUACAUGGACUCUCAGUUCCGGAAACCCAACAUAGCCAUCUGGAAAGUCUGGAAAGAAUAA